UCAGCUGCGGAUGAUGGUGCAAUCCCACAGCACGAGGAAGAGCCACACUCUGUGGAACACGCAUGCUUGGUAUGCACUUCCUUACGAGCAGGUGGAAUCAGGAAGACUGCUUGCAACGGAGCCAGUGUAUCUAGUUUCAGCACUCAGGUAGGCUCAUAUGGAAAAGACAUGUCUCAAKACGGAUUAAGCAACACAAAGCAUGUGAUGGCAGUCAUUGCCAUGGGGGAGGAAUGGAAGUCCUUGAAAUCUUUGCUCCAGAACAACUCCGGAGAUAAAUGUUUCCAGUCUACCUUUAGCUCUCCGGGAUCCAAACAAGUCUGUGACUUGGUGAUGGAUUCGCUUUCAAUCAGCUUGCACUACAAGGACUUCAAAGAAGACAUGCCAGAUGAGGCCAUUGGUCAGAUCAUUGAUGGCUGCUUCAAGUCUUGCUCAGGUGGAAUCAGCGCAUUCCUACUGUUGAUCCAAGGCGGCUAUUACACAAAGAAAGAGAGAAGGAUGGUYGAGAUCCUGCAGUCGCACUUCGGAGCGGAGGCUUUGAGAUUCCUGGUCAUCCUCUCUGUGGAAGAUGGGAAAGUCACCGACACGCUGGACGACACCCUGCUGGACUUGAUAAACGUGUGCGACGGCAGAUACUGUCGCAUCACGUCGUCCACAGCAAGCGGCGGUCUGCAUGCAUUGGUCGAGAUGGUGAACAACGUGCGCAGCGAAAACAGCGAAGCCGGUUACACGGAAGCCAUGCUGGAGAAAUCAAAGAGACGGUGUGUGGAGGACUCGGCCAUGAACAUGCUAAAGCAGAAGGCGCAAGAGGCGGAGGAGAAAGAACAGGUUUUUAUGGAGAAGGUGAGAAAAGAGGAGGAGAGAAGAGCCAAGGAAUUGGAGGACCUGAAGGGAAGACAUGCAGAGGAAAGAAGGAAGGAGGCAGAGGAAAAAAAACAACAUGAAACAGACAGAGAGAAUAUUCAGGAGGCAAUGAUGAGCCACAGAUCCAUGCUGCAGCUGCAGGCAAAAGCACCUGAUGGUGAUAAGACAAAGAAGAUAUCUGUCGUUCUGUUGGGCCUCACCGGCAGUGGGAAGUCCUCUGCUCUCCAGCUGAUCCUAAACAGAGGAGCCAAUCUAUACUCGCUCAUUAGCUCCAGUCACGACCAGACCCAGCCAACCGUAUCCUGCGAGAAAAAGGAGAUCUUCACAGGUGGGAAGCAGUUUGUUCUAGUGGACACCCCUGAACUCUGGGAUGAAGACGGGGUUGAGAACAUGGAGCUGGUGAAAGACUGCCUGGCACUGGCCUUACCUGGACCCCACGUCUUCCUGCUGGUGCUCCAGGUGGGCCGCUUCACCCAGGGAGAGAGCGAAAUGCUCGGACACGUCCAGAGGAUCUUUGGACGGGAGGUGGCAGAGCACAUCAUCGUCUUGUUCGUUCAUUUCAACAGCAACCAGCCCAAGCCUCUGAGGAUCAACGACUACGUGACCAGAGCCCACCCGACCCUGCAGGGUCUUGUUCGGAAGUGUGGAAGCCGAUUUUACGAGCUGAACGUCACAAGGUCUCAGAGUGCUUUGAGUUACUCCCAGACAAGGGAGCUGCUCUCGGGGAUUGACAAGCUGGUGGCGUCGCACGGGGACCGAGCGUACACGGUGAAGAGGUUUUCCUUACAAGAGCUCCAGGAAAGAAACAAUGUGACUGCAGAGAGGAAAGAAGGAGCGUAUUUAUUAAGAGAUAGUUAAUUUCCCCCAUGUAUUGAARUGGGGAAAAAAAGCUGUGCAUUAGAAAUUUGGAGUAAAGUUCCAAAAAAAAUGGUCCAUCUACCAAUAGAAAUAUAUAUUAGUUCAAAGCUGUGCAUAGAUAAAGCUUUAUUUCUGACCUUAUAAGAAACCCAAUAGCAUUGGAAAAUGCAAAGGGAAGAUCAAUUAAAUUGCAUGAAUUCUUUAAAGGAACAAUAUUAGGUAAAAUCAACUUUUUUUAACUUUACAAUGUUAUUUCCUCAUCAAAAACAUACCUGGUGUGUUGCUUUGAUUCUUUCGUGAAUGACUUCAGAAAUUCUUUAAUAUCCAUGGCAACCAAUCAACUGUGCAAAACCCUUGGUUGGACCUAGCACCGCGUUUCAGAAAGAGCAGGAGUUUUUAAAGAUACGGAGACCUAAUUUCAAGGCUUUAAACUAUAAAGUCAAAUUUCAUCAUAUUUGACAAAURCAUAAUAUUUUAUAACAACUAAAGGUAACAGUAACUUGAUUGUGCUAUAAAAUGGU